CUCAUCUCGAACUCGACCCUCGACAAAACUUGACAAAACAGGACAAGGACGACAUAUCUCUUUACCAUGGCACAGAAGGUUAUCAAAAAGUCCAAUGUUACUAAGGACACAGUUAAGAAGCAGAACAGCGGACUCCUCAGGAAAGGAGCUAGGUCCUAUGCCCCCAAGAGCAAUGUCCUGAUCAAGCAAAAGAGUACACAGAAGAAAUUGUCUGCGCAGAUUAACAAGAAUAUCGAGACGGUCAUGGCCACCAGAGCUGGUGCGACCGGAAAGCUGACCAUCAUGAAAGGUUUGGCAGAUGCUGGAUUGGCGGCUGAGCGCAAGGCUGGAGGAAAGAGGAAGGCCGGAGGCAUGCCUAAGGUCUCGACCGGAAAGACUGUGAAGGCGAUGCCCACCAAGGCCAAGCCUGCCGCCAAGAAGUAGAGGCAGUAUUAUUAAACUUUCAGGAACAGCAGCUGGAUGUCUUUUUUUUUUUAUCACUAUUCUUUUGGACGCUGCCUCAUCGCUUCUAUCUUUAUGUGCUCCAUACUCGAUACCUUUUCUUCCAGUGCACGUCAUUUUGCAUCCCAUCUUGCAUCUUAUUUUGCUUCCAGCCGUCUUCCUCGCACACUCUAGCAUC